UUUCUAUAGAGAAAGAGAGCAGAUAGAAAAGACCCAAUUGGAAUAACUGACGUGAGUUGAUGGGUGGACCCAUCGGCAUAAGUGGGCACGGCAUCUCACGAUGCUCCGUGCGAGCACCUAUGAGGCUAUGACCGAGAAAGAGAGUUUGUGGGGAGUGAGAAUCUGUGCUCACCAUGUGUUUGUUCAACGGCCUCACAGAGAGAAGAAGGGUCCCACGGAGCACCAAAAGCCUUUUUCGAUAACAAACAGCGACAAGGCGUCUCAGCUACUUAAAUAAUUAAAAGGUGAUGAAGUCUACUCCACUGGAAUUUUUUAUUUGGUUUGGUGGCGUUGAGUGGUUUGUGUUUGGUUUGUUUAUUUACUCUUUUAUUUAUGGUCGCCGGCGAUGCCAACUCCGGUUAUCGCCGCUAGACAAUGCUUAACAUCCGAGGCCGCGUGCGCUCUCGACGAGGCCGUUGGCGUCUCGCGCCGUCGUGGCCAUGCUCAAACCACCUCUUUACAUGCCGUCUCGGCCUUCCUCGCGUUACCGUCCUCGUCGCUGCGCGAGGCAUGCACGCGUGCUCGCAGUUCCUCUUACUCUCCUCGCCUUCAGUUUAAAGCUCUGGAGCUCUGCUUCGGUGUUGCACUCGAUCGUCUCCCUUCAUCGCAGGCACUCGAGGAGCCUCCCAUAUCCAACUCUCUCAUGGCUGCCAUAAGACGCUCUCAAGCGAAUCAAAGGAGGCACCCUGAUAGCUUCCACUUCCAUCAGCAACAGCAGCAGCAGCAACACUCUUCGCUUUCGUGUGUCAAAGUUGAGCUUCGGCAGUUGACAUUGUCAAUUCUCGAUGACCCUGUUGUUAGUAGGGUGUUUGCAGAAGCAGGCUUUCGUAGCUGCGACAUUAAGUUAGCGAUUGUUCGCCCACCACCGCUGCCGCUUAUUCGUUAUCCUCGUCGGUGCCCCCCAGUCUUCUUAUGCAAUUUAACUGGUGGAGAUUCUGAGCCUGGUCGACGGAGUUUCAGUUUUCCGUUCCCGGGUUUCGCUGGGUUUUCAGAGCUUUCGGGUGUAGACGAUAAUUGCACGAGGAUAGGUGAGAUUCUGGCGAAGAAGAGCGGGAGAAAUCCAUUGCUUGUGGGUAUUUUCGCUCACGAUACGGUUCUGAGUUUCGCAGAAUGCGUACAGAGAGGAAAAGCAGGUGUUUUGCCUGCUGAACUAUCGGGGUUGAGCUUCAUUUGUAUUGAGGAGGAGCUUUCUGAGUUUUUUUCUGCCACUGGGAGUGAGGACUCUCUGGGUUUGAGGUUUGAGGAGUUGGUUCAUUCAGUAGAGAGCUGUUCAGGGUCGGGCGUGGUUGUCAACAUUGGAGACUUGAAAGGAUUCAUUGCUGAUGGCUCGAUUGAUGCCGUGAAUUACGUGGUUACCCAAUUAACGAAGCUGCUGGAGCUUCACCAUGGGCACUUGUGGUUGAUUGCUGAAGCAGCAAGUUAUGAGAUAUAUCUGAAGUUCCUAAGAAGGUUUCCUUCUAUAGAGAAAGAUUGGGACUUGCAACUUCUGCCAAUCACCUCUCUCAAACCUUCCAUCAGUUCCAUGGGAGGACUCUACUCCCGAUCCAACAGCUUGAUGGAGUCGUUUGUUCCAUUUGGUGGGUUUUUUCCUACACCAUCUCAUCUGAAGGGACCAUUAAGCAGCACGACUAAAUCUGUAUCUCGUUCUCACUUAUGCAAUGAGAAGUAUGAACAAGAACUUUCUACCAUAUUAAAAGCAGGAUGCAUUGAUUCAGUUGAAGAUCAUCGCCAAUCAAGCUUACCUGCCUGGCUGCAUACAGCUGAACUGGGCAUAAAUGAGGGACUGGAUAUUGCAAAGGCCAAAGAUGAUGGAUUAAUAUUGAAUUCUAAAGUUUUGGGGCUGCAGAGAAAAUGGAAUGAUAAAUGCCUGCAUCUUCACCAGAGCUGCAAAAAGGCUGAUGUGAAUAUUUAUCAAGCUGGAUCCCAGAGUCUUCCAACUUUUGAAGGUUUUCCAUUUGUUGUAGAACGUAAAGAAAAACUUGAUAAUCACAAUGGAGACAGUAAAAAUGCCUCCCUGAAUGAAAGUGGAUGUAAAGAUAUUAAUCCUCCCUUGUCUAUGAACUUGGAAAGGAUUUCCACGCCUCAACUGAACAGGCUCAUUUCAGUGGUUCCAAAAAGCAAGAGUGAGAAUUUCGUUUCCACACUACAGGUAACACCUUCAAAGAGUGAACACCUUGAAGCGGAGGGUGUCUUCUCCCCCGAAGGCACUCUGUCGAGUUUAAACAUGCCAGAUGGUCAUGCAUCACCUUCUUCUGCAACUUCUGUGACGACAGAUUUAGGGUUGGGAUCCCUUUAUGCAUGUACAUCUAAGGAACCAAAGAAACCAGCAUGUGUAUCUCUUAAAGAACAUCUGCAGGAUUGUUCUGGUUGGUCUCCUACUGAGAUUGAUGUGAUAAACAGCAGUAUUUUAAACCCUCCUGCCCAGUGUCCUUCCUACCCUGGUCCUGAUCUGAGGGAGGAGUUUGAUCCAAGAUAUUUCAAGAACAUGUGGAGAGGUCUUCUGGACAAGGUUGGCAGGCAAGAUGAAGCCAUAUAUGCCAUUAGUCAAACUAUAUCCCGCUGCAGAACAGAAGGUGAAAGGCAUCGUGGUGCAAACCGGAAAGGAGAUAUAUGGUUCAAUUUCAUUGGACCUGAUAGGGUUGCAAAGAAGAGAACUGCCUUGGCCCUUGCAGACAUAAUAUUCGGCAGUGAAAAAAACCUUAUCUGUGUGGAUCUAAGUUCCCACUGUAGCAGCCAUUCUAACAUGAUCCUUGAUCGUCAUGAAAUGAAUAAUUAUGAUGUGAAAUUCAGAGGGAAGACGGUUGUUGAUUACAUUGCCGGGGAGUUGAGCAAGAAACCCUUGUCAGUCAUCUUCAUUGAAAAUGUAGAGAAGGUUGAUCUACUAGCUCAGAAUAGCUUGUCCUCUGCUAUUAGGACUGGUAAAUUUUCAGACUCGCAUGGAAGAGAAAUUGGCACAAACAAUGUGAUCUUUGUGACAACCUCAAGAGUUAAAAAGGGUAUGGAAACCAUCUUUGCUGGUAAAAAACCCUUUAAUUUUUCCGAGGAGAGAAUUUUAGGAGUUCAAUGCUGGCAAAUGAAAAUUUUUAUUGGAGGUGCUCGUGAUAAUUCCUCCAAAAGCAAUAGUUUAAAUGUAUUGGUUACUCGUAGGAAAGGCAUCUCUGGCUUGUUUGUGAAUAAGCGAAAGCUGAUCGAAUCUGGUGACCCCACUGAGCAGCGUGAAACCUUGGAGACAGCCAAACGGGCCCACAAGCCAUUAACUAUAAAUCUAGAUUUGAAUCUGCCAGUCGAAGAGUUGGAAGCAAAUGAUACAGAUAACAGAAACUGUGACAGUGAUGCUGUAUCUGAGAACUCAGAGGCUUGGUUGGAAGAAUUUUUUGUUCAAAUGGAUGAAACAGUCAUUUUCAAGCCUUUUGAUUUUGAUGCCCUUGCUGACAAAAUAUUGAAAGAGAUCAACAAGAGCUUCUGCAAGAUAAUUGGGUGUAAUGGUUUGCUGGAGAUAGAUGCAGAAGUCAUGGAACAGAUACUUGCAGCUGCAUGGUUAUCAGACAGGCAUGAAGCAAUAGAGGACUGGGUGAACAAUGUUCUUGGAAGGUGCUUUGCUGAAGCCCGCCAAAGGUAUAGCUUCUUAGUUAGGUCUGUUUUGAAACUUGUUUCUUGUGAGGGGCUCUUAAUGGAAGAGCAAGCACCUGGAAUUUGCCUCCCUGCACAAAUUAUCUUGAAUUGAUGUGUGUGUAGUUACAAAUGUAUAAUAAUGUAGCUUUUUAACAUCUACUGGCUAGCUUUGCUUGUUAAUCCCAUGGUUUUAUUGGAUUUGUCAGGUUGUGUUUGUAUAUUGUAUUUAUCACUAUUAAAGAAUGUAUGAAUGCUUCUAGUC